AUUGCUUUCUCAUCUUUACUCUCCAUUCUCAAACCCAACCCUUUUCCCUGCCAUGGUAAAGCUCCCCUCAGCAUCCCGCAUCCGUUCUCUCGCCACCGUGCCCUCCACGGCCACCAGGGCUUUCGCUACCGUCAAUCCCACCCCUCCUGCCGCCCAGCCCACAAAAUCCAAACCUCGUUUCGAAAAGCUCGACGAUGGAUUGACUUUUGACGACUUUUUAUCAGGCGAUGUUCCCCCCGAGAACGAACGUGUGGUUCUGGGUAACACGAAACAACCUCGUUUGCCAUCUUUUCUCAAGCACCCGAUCCCCACUGGCGCUUCCUACAGCGGUAUAAAAAAGGAACUCCGUGGAUUAGGACUACACACUGUCUGUGAAGAAGCCAAGUGUCCCAACAUUGGCGAAUGCUGGGGCGGCGGUAAAGGAAAUGCGACGGCGACGAUCAUGUUGAUGGGCGAUCAAUGUACGAGAGGAUGUCGAUUCUGCUCUGUAAAGACCUCCAGGGCACCUCCUCCACUGGACGUCCACGAGCCGGAGAACACUGCGGAAGCAAUCAGCCGAUGGGGUUUGGGUUACAUUGUACUGACAAGUGUCGAUCGAGAUGACCUGGUGGACGGUGGUGCGGCCCAUAUCGCCUCUACGAUUUCCAAAAUCAAGCAAAAGGCACCCAAUAUCCUCGUCGAAGCGCUUACUCCCGACUUCGCCACAAAGGGCGUCAACGUUAUCCACACCGUUGCUUCCUCUGGCCUUGAUGUCUUUGCGCAUAACGUGGAGACUGUUGAAAGGUGUACGCCGUUUGUACGAGAUAGGCGGGCGGGGUUCAGCCAGAGUUUAAAAGUGUUGGAAGAGGCCAAGAAGGGAGCCAAGGCCGCGGGCAGGGAGAUUUUGACAAAGAGCAGUAUCAUGCUGGGUGUCGGGGAGAUGGAAGAGGAGAUCCACGAAACACUGAGACGGUUACGCGCGUCGGACGUUGACGUUGUCACUUUUGGUCAAUACAUGCGACCGACAAAACGACACAUGAAGGUGGACCGGUAUGUCGAACCUGAAGAGUUUGCGAAAUGGAAAAACGUUGCCGAGGGGAUGGGGUUCUUGUAUGUGGCCAGCGGACCUCUUGUCAGGUCAAGUUACAAGGCUGGUGAAUUCUUUAUUGAAAAUGUACUCAAGAAGCGACGUGCAGCUGCUGCCGAGCACGCUGCUUCCCAAUUAUCUACACAGCCGCCAGAGAUCGCUGCCAAGGUGUAAUUGUGUUACUUUUUUUUUACUUAUGCAUAUAUACAUG